AUGUUUAACAAGAUAGAGGAAUGUGUAAGAGUCUCCCCCCUUGUUCUAAGUAAGAGUCUGCUUCUAACAAAAUAUCAUAAUUGUUAUGAAAGCUUAUUAUUGUGCUUCUCAUUUGCAAGUGUAAAUAAAAACAAGAAGUUGUGUCAAAUGAAUCACGAUAGUAACAGACAGAAGUAUGGACAAGAUGAGUACAUUUCCAAAUUAAAUGAAUAUUUAAAAGAAUUAAACAAGGCAGAAGCCAUCAGUACCAGACGAAACAAAGAGUUUCUUGCGGACAUAGCAAAAAUAACCAAUCAUGGCUCUGUGCUCAGCGAAAAAGCAGACCGCUUAAAAAAGAUUAGGAAUGAUUAUGAGCAAUACAUUGGUAGAGUGUAUCCACGAUGGAAGCAACACGUUAAGAAAGAAGAAAAACAAAAACAACAGUUAAAGGACACUCAAACUGUUUUACCAAAAGAUGAUUAUAUGUACCCAAGCUACAGCUCACCAAAAAGAUCUUCACCCUAUCACGAUAGCUUAAAAGAGUCUUUAUAUCCAGACUUCGUAAGGAAAAAAAUUCAUAAUUGGAAACAUGAUACCUCUCUCAAUUCAUCUGAUGAAACACCUUUCCAAAAACACUCCCAUGUUGACCGUAUUACAUCUCUGGAAGAAAGCUACAAAAGCAACCAAGUAUAUUUGCAAAAUCUUCUUAAUUCAGUCCCAAGCCGAGAGGAGGUUGAGAAUAUGAUACUUCAGCGAGAGGAACGCAUGAUUAAAUUAAAUGCUACUAAUUUUAGCCAUGAAACUAUUGAUAGCGCAAUACGCAACAGAUCAUACCCUGAACAAAAUCAAGUAUUUCUACCAGUACUAAACGAGUUCAACAGAACACAACAAUUAACUUCUCAGCAUAAUAUAUCUUAUAAUAAUUCCAACGUUAAAAUACUUCCACAAUUGUUAGGUUUGGAUGAUAAUGGACAGUUAGUGCUUGUUCCAAUGGCAGCACCUUUCCAAACAGCAGUGUCCUCGUUUAACUCUCCUGUUCCACAAGAGCCUAUGUUCAACAUAUCAAGACAAAGUCCUGUUGGAGAGAACAAUUUGCAUCCUAAGGUAGCAAAAAACCUUCAGCGCGAGAACACAAACGAUUUUUCGCCAGUAUCUACACAUGUAAAAAAUUCCGAAGGUGUUCCACUUUCUCGCGAUUCAUACACUUCUAAAACACAGAAUGUUACUGAUGUGAGAGACCAUAAAAAACAACCACGAAAGCAUGAGUUAUCACAGUCUGUUGAAAAGUUGAGACCAAUCAAUAAAAACAAAGCAUUAAAUAUGGACAAAAAUAACAAUUCUAGUAAUGAUAAAGAUACAUCAGAACAUUCUGCUUCUCCAGUGCCACAACAUGUUGAUGUUAAACACAAAUAUGAAGAGAAUGGAGAAGAAGUUGCUCCUCCUCUGACUUUUAGUGACUUACAAACAACUGAACUGAAUGAAGAAACUGCGGUUAAAAUAACACAACAUGUACAUUCUGGUAACAUGUCGAUUAUAACAGAAGCAGUUGAAAAAUCAUCACCUAUUGCCAGCUCUCCUCACCUGUCAAAUAUGUCACUUGAUAAUCAUGUGGAGGAAGGUACUCAGGAAGAAGAUAUACAAAAAGAGAACUUGAGACAUCAACAUGAUACUAAACCACAGAAACUACACAAAGAUGAUAAAAAUAAUUUGUUUUUAAAUCCAACUUUGGAUAAAGGUAUUUUAUUAGGUAAAGAUGAACACAGUGGUGAAAGUAGUGAUAAUGAUAAUGAAAGUAAUAUCUCCCAACUUGCACAUAAUUGGGGUAUACCGGUACAAAAUAUUACAAAAAGUGAUUCACAGUCCAGCAGUAAUAAAAAUAAUUCACGAAAAGAAAAAAAUGACACUAGUUUGCAAAUGAACAAGGUUAAUAUUCUGCAUGAUCAGCAAGAAGAGCAUAUGCAGCCAAAAGGUAGUUCUGAAGUGUCGAACGAAAGUAUCAUCAGCUUCUCGGAUGAUGGUUCUGAUUUUGAAUUACCAUCCAAUGGUGAAGAGAACAGCUUAAUGGAGACUAAAUCAGUAGACCUACAUGUAAAUAAACAGAAUAAUAAUAUUAAUAGUGGAAUUAUUAAAGAUUCGAAUAAUAAUAGCGAGCAAGAACUCAAUGUACAACGUCAGGAAACAACAGACGACAACAAUUUAUUAUAUGAUGUAGUUAAAACAUUAGACGAUCGAUUUGAUGAGCCAGUGUUAUUUAACCUGUUGGAGAACGUGUUAGAACGUGUACAAGAUGAUGAAAGUGAGGAGGUUUUAGUGUUGAACUUGGAAACUGACAGUGGUCUUACAAAUACCAUUAUAGGAACUGCUGAAAUAGAAGGUGAUUUGUCUCGCUUCAACGCUUCUGAGAUAUGCAUGGCAUUCAGAUAUCACUUAAAAGACACCAUGAUGCAAAGAAAAGAGGUUCCUUUCAUUAACGACAAUUUAGAUGUCUCAACUGAUUUUGAAGGUGACUUACGAGAUUGCGUACAACCGAUGUAUUUAGAAUUAUGGGAUACAUUAUAUGCAUUUUUGUCAAGCAUAAUGGAUUUAUUUGAGUUCAAUCCUUCUCAAGUGUCCAAGAUAUAUUCGGAUGCUUUGAUACCUGCUGAUAAGAAACUACAAGAUCAGCUUUGCACCGCACUGACUAACAUACUGGCUGCAACUAUUAGUGACGAUGAUGAAAACAUUGCUGAAGAAGAACAAGAAGGAGAAGAACAAGACGAGGACAAAAAAGACGAUGAAGAAAGCACGGAAAAUGAAGAAAUGGAAAGACCUGAUGUUAGUAUCACUGAAGAUUUUGAUAAACAUAUGGCUGAUGAUUCCCAUGUGGCUGGUGAUUCUCAUCUAAACGACAGUAUUAAUGAAAGUUUUUCUGCUGAGAUAUUGAAUGGUCAGAAAGGUGAUCUAUCAAAAACCAUUUCUAUAGAUCUUGGGACAGUAUCCGAGGAGGAGUCAUCUUCAACGGUAUCUUUUGACUCUGAUGGAAUGCCAGUAAAAAGAUCAAAACAAGCUGCAACUCCGAAACAAAAUAGCAGUAAGGAGAUUGAGAAUGAACAUGUAGAAGCCAGUGGCAAGGAGUUAAGUAUGAAUUCCGCUGCUUAUUUGAAGAUGAGAGAGGAGUUCCUGACAAGUCCUGUGCAAGAUGAUAGUGAAGAUGAUUGCAUUGAUAAUUUGCUCGGAGAAAGUCUUGGCUACUCUCGUAAUAGACACCUCAGAAUGCCAACAAAGAAGGAAGUGAAAGAGAAAGUUGAUGUGAAAAAGAAAAGUGAAGUUUCUGAAGUUGAAAUCUCAGAGUUGGAAGGCUUGGAAACCAGAAAUAAUAACAGCGGAUCUCAACUCAAUGAUUCAAAAACAUCAUCUCAAACAAAAAUAAAGCUAAAAAAACCUGGAUUUUGGGAUCAUUCUGACUCUGAUUCCGAUCUUGAUAUCGACGAAGUUAAUAAGCCUGUAACCAAUAGCAACGAUGAUGAUGAUUUUGACUUUGAUUUCUAUGAUUGACGUCACUUGAACAGAUGACCAAAUAAACUUACCUAUAUACGACUUUAAGACGUGUUUUUAUUUUAUUGUAAAUACAUAAAUUGUAAUAUAUAAUGAAGAAAGUUAAAUUUUGGUA